UUUUCUUCGAGAAAAAAUGUCUUCCUUCUAAAUGGUAUAAAAAUUUGUUUCAAUGCUCAAACUUCCUUAUAAAUUUCUGUCUUCGAAUUUAGAUACUAGUAUCAUCAGAAAAGGAAAAGAAUCAAAGUUGCCGGUAUGUGUCAACGAGGAAAAGGAUAUUAAUGUUACACUAAAAAAUAAAAGAUCGAAUGUUAAAAAAAAAGAAGAAUGUAAUGCAGCACGAUAUUAUAAGAAAAAUAUGAAAGCUCCAAUGAAGCAAAAGAAUAAAUUUCCAAAAGAUACUGAAAAAAUAAGUAUCUCAAAUAUGCCUUUAAGGUACGAUAAAAAGAUGUACGAAUAUCAAAUUCUUCAACUGGAUAGAAUAUUCAAACAAUCUGCACAUUGUCCGAUACUAACUCGAGACGAAUUAAAAAUGUUAUUCGUAAAAUAUAAAUCAGAUGGGCAUUAUAGAGCAAACAAAAUUUUACCAUCAUUUACAAGUAUCUUAGAUAAUUCAAACAAUAUCAUUAAUGAAACUAAACAGUUUUGUGACCAAAUGCAAUAUGUUCCUAGUUUCAAUACCAAAGAAACAAAUACCAAAACGUUAGAUACGUUUGCAACUCCAUAUUACUAUAUUGAUAAAGAAAAUUUAAGCGCGUGUGCAAAUACAAGUAGUAUGGAUAAUAAAAUUGACAAUAGGUGUCUUUCUAUUGGUCAAAAUCCUUUUAACAAUAACAACAAUAAUCAAUUAUUUACAAACCACGAUAUGGAAAUAAAUAGCAUAAAUAUAUUAGAUGGUAUUCCAAAUUUUAACCAAUCAAGAUUAGAUUUAAAUGCAAAGAAAAAUUUUAGCACAGAAGAUUAUUUUUCAUACAAUUUUAUGAAUACUCAGAAUAUACCGGAAGAACAUCAUGAUUGCACAAACAAGAAUUUACUUUAUAAUAUAUUUGAUUCAAAUUCUCAAUACAAAAAUUUAAGUAAUAAUGAAACUCUUCAACAGCGUGAUACGCGUGAUAUAAUGCAGUAUGACUCGCAGCUAAAUUCAGAAUUUUGGAAUGACGCCUGGUCAAAUAAAUGGAGCAUGCAUAAAAACAAUAAUCAGUACUGUAAAUAUGCACAUUCAACUGUUAGUCCUUACACUAAUGAUUUAAAAUCAUGCUGCAAUGUAAAUAAUUCUAUGACUGCUUCUCAAAUGACAUUAAUUAAAAAUCACCUUGAAAAUGGAAGUAAUUUUAAUCCUUCCAUUCAUAUACAUACUAAUCCUUUCAUAAAUAGUGAAAAAAAUGUAAUGUAUGAUUUUAACGAUAAUAUCAUUACUCAAGAGAAUUUUAAUCCUCCCUCUGCAGAUUCAAAUAUGAUAUCAGAUAACUUUCUUGCUGAAUCGAAUGCAUCUACUUAUGCUAAUUUUGUUGAUCAGCUCAUGUAAAAAAAUAUGGCGGUUGAACUUAUAGAUUUUAAUUUAUUUAAAUUUUAUAUUUUUGUUACAAAUAUUUAU